AUGGAGUGCGAGAAGACGAAGCUUGAUAGUCCGUCUCUCUAUACUAUUGGUUGGAUCGCGGCCCUUGCCAUCGAGCAAGCAGCAGCAAGGGCACUACUGGAUGAGGAGCACUCUGAACCAGAUAGCUUUCAUCCAUCUUCUUCGGAUACCAAUAAUUAUAUUUGGGGCCGCAUAGGGCAACAUAACAUCGUCAUCGCUUCUCUACCAGCAGGGGUCUAUGGAACAACUUCCGCUGCCACCAGCGCCUCGGAUCUUGUACACUCUUUGCCGCAACUCCGUUUUGGUCUCUUGGUCGGUAUUGGUGGAGCUAUAGCCAGACCCAACGACGAUCAGGAUAUUAGACUUGGUGAUGUUGUUGUUGGUCAGCCGCAUGGUGUAACUGGGGGCGUCGUGCAAUAUGAUUUUGGUAAGGCGAAAGCGAAUGGGGUUUGGGAACGAACAGGGUCGCUUGACAAACCACCUGCAGUCCUAUUGAAAGCUCUGGCGAACUUGCAGGCUGAGCACGAGAUUCGACCUUCCAAGAUACCACAACUCGUGGAGGCUAUGUUGAUAGCUAACCCUGGCAUGAAACGUCCUGGCAGUAACUUCACCUACCAGGGCUCAGAGAACGACCGUCUUUUCCCAUCAAACUAUGACCACGUUGGCGGGAAGACAUGCGCAAAGUGCGAUAUCUCUCGCAGAAUCGAUCGCGAGGAACGGGAAACUACAGAGCCGAUGAUCCAUUAUGGAGUUAUUGCUUCAGGCAACACUCUUAUCAAAGACGCGACUUUUAGAGAUAACCUCGCAGAGAGCCUAGGCCACCAAUGCUUGUGUGUCGAGAUGGAAGCCGCAGGCUUGGUCGAUAGGUUCCCGUGUCUCGUUAUUCGCGGUAUUUGCGAUUAUGCCGAUAGCCACAAGAAUGAUCAGUGGCAGAGAUAUGCAGCAUCUACUGCUGCCGCAUUUGCCGUAGAGCUUCUGGGCCACGUUCCCGUGCGGCAACUCAAAGAGUCUCCACGAGUUCUUGAGAUACUACAGUCACUGGAAGGCAAAGUGGACUCCAUGAGUCAUCGAAUGCAGCAGACCGAUCUCACCUCGACCCUUGACCAGCUCCCCUUUGUAGCUGAAGCUCUAUUCAACUCUUACGCUGAGGAGCAUAGCCCGAUGUGCCUACCAGAGACACGAGUUCAGCUUCUCGCUGAGAUAGACGAAUGGGUCACGAGUUCUGAGUCAAAGACCAUAUUCUGGCUAAAUGGUAUGGCAGGAACAGGGAAGUCGACCAUAUCACGUACUGUUGCACAGCGGCAGUUGGAGAGAGACUGUCUUGGUGCAAACUUCUUCUUCAAAAGAGGAGAGGCAAGCCGAGGGAACAUGUCGAAGCUGAUUCCUACCCUGGCACGCCAAUUAGCAAUACAUAUCCCUGGUAUGAUCAGUUUGAUCAAAAAUGCCAUUGAUGCCGAUCCGUCGCUCCCAACGAAAACUCUUGCUGAGCAGUUUGAGAAGCUUUUCAAAGAGCCUCUUAGGAAAUUGGCAGCUUCUUCAUCAGAUCCAACGUCCCUUGUCAUUGUCAUAGACGCCCUUGAUGAGUGUGAAGGGGAAUUCCAAAUCAAACGUAUAAUUUCACUCUUUGCUGAUAUGGAAUACCUAGAUUCGCUGAAACUCAGAGUGUUAAUUACGAGCAGACCAGAACUUCCGAUUCAGCUUGGAUUCCUAGAUAUCAACGGUAUGUACCAGGGUCUUGAGCUCCACAGCAUCUCACAAGAUAUCAUGGAGCACGACAUAUCUAUAUUUCUCCAACACGAGUUGGGUAUAAUACGACAGAACUUUAAUUAUGUGGUUCGCAGCGACCAACGGCUAGCUGAGCAGUGGCCGGGCACUGUCAAGAUUAGACAGCUUGUUUCCAUGACACUGCCCCUGUUCAUCGCUGCGGCAACUAUUUGUCGGUUCUUGAAUGAUGCUACUCUUGGUGGCCCGGAUGAGCUUCUGGUGAGGAUUCUUGAGUCCAGUAGCCGCACGCAUAUGUCUCGGCUUAACGACAUAUAUUCCUCCAUUCUCGCCUCACAAGUGGUCAAUAGACCGAGGAGAGAGCGAGAAGAGGUCGUCAAAAGCUUCCAAUCAAUCGUUGGCGCCAUCGUCACAUUAGCAACGCCGUUGACAAUCAAUGCUCUAUCAUCAUUGCUUAACAUCCCUGCCACGACAAUUGAUAUGAAGAUCAAGGUUCUUCAGUCUGUUCUCGACGUACCCAAAACCCCAGAAGUCCCUGUUAGGAUCCUACAUCUAUCGUUCCGGGAUUAUCUCGUUGAUCCUGAUCUGCAAGGAGCUAUGGAGUUCUGGGUGGACGAACAGGCCACGCACCGGAGACUGGCAAGUCGUUGCCUCUUCGUCAUGAGUUCGAUACUUCGUGAAAACAUAUGCAGACUACCCUUUCCGGGAACGUCUCCAUCUGAGAUCGAAGGCCUGGACCCGCAGAAGUUCAUACCUCCGGAGCUUGACUAUGCUUGUCAUUACUGGGUACACCAUUAUGUCUCCUCGAACACCCAAGAGUGCGAGGCGCAUGAAAUCUAUCCCUUUUUAGAAAAGCAUCUGCUCCAUUGGUUGGAAGCAAUGAGUCUGCUUGGUCAUACCACCGACUGUCUGACUAUAUUACAUGCAUUGAAUGAAUGGCUAGAGAAAUACUCCUGUGAAGACCUCUCGGACCUUGUCAAAGACGCUCUGAGAUUCAUCCGAACUCACUUUUCCAUUAUUGAUGAAGCCCCACUACAGGUCUAUUUGUCAGCAAUAGUAUUCUCGCCAACAAAUAGUAUCGUGAGACGUCUUUUCGCGAGUCGAGUCCCUAGCUGGCUUCUAGCCUGGCCGGUAGUCGAGGAUGAGUGGGGCCCAUGCUCCUUGGUUAUAGGCCACAGUGCUGUAGUCAAGUCAGCCAUCUUCUCACCUGAUUCAAAAACUAUCGCAUCAACAUAUGCUGACAAUACUAUUCGAAUUCUUUCAACGAAGACUGGUAAAUGUGAGCAUGUAUUAGCGGGACACUUUGGUGAAAUCCAGUCAGUAGUCUUCUCACAAGAUUCCAGGAUCCUUGCCUCGAGCUCAAUUGGUGGUACGGUACGGAUCUGGAACUUGCAGACGGGAGAGUGUGACGAAGUCUUGAAGUAUCCCUCACCUACAGGAAAGGCUUUUGCCUUCUCUCGCGACUCAAAGGUAUUGCUCACAGCAAGUGGAAACCAAUUCGUAAGAAUCUGGAAGACACAGACUUGGGACCAUAUCAUUUUGAGGGGACACACAGGAGCGGUCAACUCAGCUGUCAUUUCACAUAACUCGAAUAUGAUAGCCACGUCCUCGGAUGAUGCAACAGUAAGACUAUGGAACACUCACACGGGCAGAUGCGAGAAGAUAUUGAAGGGCCAUACAGGAAAGGUCAAUACAGCGGCCAUCUCGCCUGACAAUCAAGUGCUUGUCUCUGCUUCUGUCGACCGGACUUUACGUAUCUGGGAUCUAGAUGCCGGUAAAUGCAAAAAGGUGCUCGGGGGCCACGACUGCAAUAUCCUGUUAGUGGUAUUUUCUCCCGACUCGCGCAUGAUAGCUUCCGGAGAUGUGGAUGGCCGCAUAGGAAUCUGGGAUACUCGAAAUGGAAAAUUUAUGCACAAACUGGAAAACGGCUUGUGCGAUGAGAAAUGCCAGUCGUUGAUGUUUUCAGAAGACGCGACAAAACUUAUUGCCGUCCUCAGCACAGGAACCGCUCUGAUACAUGAUAUUCAGAGCGGAAAUUGUGAGCAGGCCUUUGGCUUCUCAUCUCCAAGUUUGAAUUGGUCAGUUGAGCUUUCUCAUGACUUCACUAUGAUUCUUACAGCUUCUUCGGAUGACAAUACUGUCCGAAUAUGGAACCCUCACACUCAAAACAAAGGCCUCAAAAGCGCGAAAAAUCGGGAUGACGUGAUUCACAACCUUGAAGCAUCACCAAAUGGGAGAAGUAUUGGAGAAGCUAUUCUUUGCGACAACCUUAAUCAUAUGGUCAAACUUCGUCUUCAAAGGAUGCGUAUGUGGCGGCCCCGGCCGGUUCUGAGACAAGAUCAGGCAUGGAUCACGAUCGAGAACAAGAAGUUUUUUAGGCUCUCUCCAGAGUGUCUAAACGCCAAAAUAAGGAUAUUGGGGGGGAAAGUCAUUGUGCAUUGUAUUUCUGGGAGGCUUGUUCUAUUAAGAUUUGACGUCGGUAAGGCUGGGCUGCCGCCAUCUUACAUGGAAAUGGAGACAAACCUGGAUGAUUUUUACUAUUGA